GUUCAAAAUGGCUCCUAUCAGCUAUGAAGCGUCAUUUGGAACAAGCUACAGAUUUUUCAUAAACUAUAGUAAAUUAUAGUGUAUGAUUUCCGCCAUCUAUAAUUUCUUUUUCCGGUUACACUCGUGUAGAUUCAAGACACGAUGAAAGCAAAGGGAGAAUUGAAAGAAUAUGAAGUCAUUGGAAGGAAACUUCCAACUGAGAAGGAGAAGACAACUCCUCUUUAUAAAAUGAGGAUAUUUGCACCAGAUGCAAUUGUUGCUAAAUCUCGUUUCUGGUAUUUCUUGAGACAAUUGAAAAAAUUCAAAAAAUCUACCGGUGAAAUUGUUUCACUUAAACAGAUACCAGAAAAAACUCCAACCAAGAUCAAAAACUUUGGAAUUUGGUUGAGGUAUGAUUCUCGAUCAGGUACUCACAAUAUGUACAGAGAAUACAGAGAUCUUUCAGUCAGUGGAGCUGUUACUCAGUGUUAUCGUGAUAUGGGAGCUCGUCACCGUGCUAGGGCUCAUUCGAUACAAAUAAUUAAAGUUGAAGUGGUUAAAGCUGCUAAUUGCCGUAGGCCGCAAGUUAAACAGUUCCAUGACUCUAAAAUUAGAUUCCCAUUGCCUAAGCGAAUCCAUCAUCGCAAUCGUAUGCCUCUAUUCAGCGUACGUAAACCACGUACCUAUUUCCUUUAAAUAUUAAUGGUACGAAAUUAUGUAUUUUAAUAAUGCAAAUACAUUGUGGUGAGCAAAAA